UAUAUGGCGGCGCCCAUGUCAAUACCCACACUUUAAAACCGGCUAGCCAGGGAGAACCAUGGUGAUGGUCACUGGUCUGGACUUUGCAGUAUUAGUUGUGAUGCUGCUGCACCUGUUGGUGUGUCCAUACACAAAGGUAGAGGAGAGCUUUAACUUACAGGCUAUGCAUGACAUCCUUUAUCAUGGCUUUAGUCUCAGUCAGUAUGACCACUUGGAGUUCCCUGGUGUUGUGCCAAGAAGUUUUCUGGGGCCUUUUGUCAUAUCGACAGUCAGUGCUCCUCUGGUCUGGACUGCUAGGCUCUUUGGUGCAAGCAAAUUUUUCAGCCAAAUCGUUGUACGUGCUUGCCUUGGCUUUUAUGUCCUGAUGGGGUUUCGAGCAUUCUGCACAGCAAUUCAGUCUAAUUUUGGAAGGAGUGUGAAACGAUGGAUGCUGCUUUUGACUGUAACUCAGUUCCACUUACUCUUCUACAUGACGCGACCACUACCUAAUGUUAUGGCUUUGGGGCUAGUGUUUCUGGCACUGAGCUACUGGUUAAGGCAGAGAUAUGGUCGAUUUAUUUGGACGUCAGGCAUUGCCAUCAUCGUUUUCCGUGCAGAGCUAGCCCUGUUUCUAGGCCUGAUACUGUUCAUGGAGCUGAUGUACCACCGGGUUUCAAUAUUCACACUACUGAGAAACGUAUUUCCAGCUGGUGCUGUUGUUCUAGUCACAACAUUUUUGGUGGAUUCAAUUUUCUGGAAGCGCUGGUUGUGGCCUGAAGGGGAGGUGCUGUGGUUCAAUGUAGUUCUCAACAAAAGUGCAGACUAUGGCACAUCUCCGUUCCUCUGGUACUUUUACUCGGCAAUUCCCCGUGCACUGUCCUGUAGCACCUUGCUCAUUCCGGUUGGGUUUUACUUCGACAGAAGGCUGUUGACAUUGCUAUUCCCUGCCUUAGGGUUUGUUUUCCUCUAUUCCUUUCUUCCACAUAAAGAGCUGAGGUUCAUCAUUUACACCUUUCCAGUGCUCAACAUUGCAGCAUCUUGUGCUAUGUCCCGUAUUUGGCUGAACCGCUCAAAGACACCUCUUCAGUGGGUGACUGCUCAUCUCGUGGCAUGCCACCUGUUUGUUAAUGUAUUUAUUAGUGUGUGCUUCCUGUAUGUGUCAUCUCAUAACUAUCCUGGAGGAGUAGCCAUGCAUCGCCUACACGAGCUUGCUCAAAGUAACGCUCAUAGUAACUCUGAAAACAUAUCCGUUCACAUUGAUGUAUAUACGGCUCAGACAGGCGUCUCUCGAUUUACUCAGCUAGAAUCUUUAUGGCAGUACAACAAGACAGAAGAUCUGCCCCCUGGUGGAGAAGCCAUGAAACAGUUUUCCUGGCUCCUCAUUGGUGCAAAUUCUGAGAAGAGCAAGUCUGUCUUGCCUUAUUCUGCUACCCAUGAGGUUGUUGCCAAGGUUGAAGGUUAUAACAAACUUCAACUGGCAUGGACUUCAGUGCCGCCAUUUAAAGUUAUUACAGGGACAAAAAUCAUUAUCUUGAAAAAAAGGAAUAUAACUUAAUGUAUUAAAAAAAAAACUGCUGAUUGAUUUAAUAAUUUAUGAAACCAUUAGUCAUGUAGUGCCAUAAUAUAUUCUGUGGUGAAAUGAACAGUAAAAAAUAUGUCAAAGCCAGUUUUGUUUUGCAUU